CACAAACCUUGAAACAGAGCUCUCACCGAGAAAAAGGCAUUCAAUUCAAUUCAAUUCCGACCAUGGCCACACUUCACUUCACUCCAUCUCCUUCCCUUCUUCCGCCGAGACAAAGACACCCCACCAAACCAUUCACCGGAGGCUUUGAGCUGCAUCUCCGGCAGAGAACCAUUCCCACCUCACGCCGCUCCUCCUUGACAGUACGAUCCUACAAAGUGGUGGUGGAGCACGAUAACCAAUCCACCGAGCUGGAGGUUGACCCGGACGAGACCAUACUCUCCAAGGCCUUGGACUCGGGCCUUUCAGUGCCCCAUGACUGCAAGCUCGGGGUCUGCAUGACUUGCCCUGCUAAGCUCUUGAGCGGCUCGGUUGAUCAGAAUGACGGUAUGCUGAGUGACGAUGUGGUGGAGCGCGGCUACGCAUUGUUGUGCGCCGCUUAUCCGACUUCGGAUUGCCAUAUUAGGCUCAUCCCGGAAGAGGAGCUGCUUUCCCUUCAACUGGCUACGGCUAAUGACUAAAACUGAGAUCUUGGGUUGUGUAGUAGUUUUGAUGGUGCUUGUUUAAAUUGGGGUUGCAUUGUUAAAGUUGGAUAUUUUGAUAUAAUAACAAGUAUCAGUUUUUUAUGAUA